CAGGUGACAGUUUUGUGGGAGGAAGCUCUGAUGCUCAUUUUCCCCUCUGUGAGUAUUCAUAAAAGUGCGAGUUGUGGUGAGCCGAGAUAAUACGCAUCAGACUCACAAGAGAAGAUGAGGUGUGUUUCAGUAACCCUUCUGCUGUGCCUGGCUACAAUGCUGCUCGCUCAAGUUACCUGCCAAAUAAGUGGCCGGUCAAAUUGCCUUUGUCUCAAGACAUCAAAUCGGGUUCCCCGCAAAGAAAAUAUUGAAUGCUACAUAAUACAAAAUGCAGGCGUCUGCCAUAUUGAUGCUAUUUUGUUUAAAACUGUCAAAGGUCGCUUCAUUUGCGCUGAUCCACUAAACCCUUCGGCAAGAAAGGCCAGGAAAUAUGUGGACAACAAGAAGAAGGCAACUGAAACAACAUCCCGUCCCGUAAACUCAGCAUCAACAUUUAAAACAGCAUGAAUGCUGAAUACCACAUCACAAUGGAUUACAACGGGAUGAACUAAGAACUACUUCACUUGA